AUGGGCCGUGAGCUCUUCCGGCUGGCCGACCGGCACGGCAAGGACUACUGCCUGGGGCCCACGCACGAGGAGAUGGUGACGGACCUGGUGGCCGCUCAGAGCAACCUCUCCUACAAGCAGCUCCCUCUCCGCCUGUACCAGGUCACGAGGAAGUUCCGGGACGAGCCCAAGCCCCGCUUCGGUUUGCUGCGCAGCCGGGAGUUUUACAUGAAGGACAUGUACACCUUUGAUGCCUCCGAAGAGGCGGCUCACUGCACCUACGGGCUGGUGUGCGAUGCUUACUGCCGCGUGUUCAAGGCCCUGGGCCUUCGCUUUGUGCAGGUGCAGGCGGACACGGGCAGCAUCGGGGGCACCAUGUCACACGAGUUCCAGCUCCCAGCAGACAUCGGUGAGGACAGGCUGGCUGUGUGCCCUGCCGGGCAUUUUGCGGCCAACAUGGAAAUGAUAAGCACAGAGCAAACAGCUUGUCCCACGUGUGGGGAACCGCUAACCCUGACUCGAGGGAUUGAAGUGGGGCACACGUUUUAUCUGGGUACCAAGUACUCCUCGGUGCUCAAUGCUUACUUCUACUCUGCCGAGAACAAGCUCCGGCUGGCAGAAAUGGGUUGCUACGGCCUGGGUGUAACUCGCAUCCUGGCAGCGGCCAUCGAGGUGCUUUCCACGGAGGACAGCAUCCGCUGGCCGAGCCUUAUUGCCCCCUACCAGGUCUGCUUCAUUCCCCCCAAGAAGGGCAGCAAGGAGGAGAAGGGAGCCCCGCUCAUGGAGCGCCUGUAUGAGGACCUUGCUGAAGCUGCGCCUCAGCUCGCCGGCGACUUGGUGCUGGAUGACCGGACUCAGCUGACCAUUGGCAAAAGACUAAAAGAUGCCAACAAACUGGGUUAUCCCUAUGUGAUAAUAGCUGGGAAGAGGGUUUGUGAUGACCCCCCUGCGUUUGAGGUGUGGAGUCAAAAUGCUGGUGAGGUCAUGUUCCUCACCAGGGAGGGUGUCAUUGAGUUGCUGAGUAAAGUGCAGGUCCCUUAAAAUCAC